AUGGAUCGAGCCAUCAUGGAGCGAACGCCGGAGUCAGAUUCACCACCAGAGAGUUUCAAGGUCAAAUCAUGCCCGAAGGAAGAUAAUCGGAGCUGGCUCAAGGAUCCAGGACUGCGGAAGUUGAACUUGGGCAUCGUGUUCAUGUUCGCUUCAUCAGCUGGAACGGGAUAUAACGGGAGUCUGAUCAAUGGCUUGCUUGUGCUGCCUGAAUUUUUCACCAUCAUUGGAGGUCUUAACCCCAAUAUCCUCGGUCUCCUCAUCGCCGCUACCUCCCUCGGCGCCUUUAUAUCCUUCGUGCCAGCCUCAUACCUUGCCGAUAUCCUCGGUCGAAAAUCCUGCGUAUGCAUUGGAUCCUCAUUGGUGAUCGUUGCAUCUCUCGUUCAAGCCGCGGUCAACAGCCACUGGGCCUUCUUCGGUUGUCGAGUCCUUGCCGGCGUCGGCGUGGGAACUGCACAAACUGCAGCUCCCUUAUUAGCGACUGAGAUCGCCCAUCCGAGACACAGACAGACUGCUACAGCACUUUAUAACGCAGCCUGGUCUGUAGGAUCCAUUGCAUCAGCCGCGAUCACUUUGGCCACAUUAUAUAUGAACGGUGUUUGGUCUUGGAAGAUUCCCUGCAUGUUACAGGCGGUUUUCCCUCUGAUGCAACUGAUUGGUCUUUGUUUUGUUCCUGAGAGUCCUCGGUGGUUAGUCUCCAAAGGACGAAAGGAUGAGGCACUUGCGAUUUUGGGAAAAUAUCAUGCCAAUGGGAAUCCCGAUGAUGAGCUCGUUCAGCAUGAGUACAAUCAGAUUUGCAUCAGUAUAAAUGUUUUGAACCAGCAGCCCGGCUACUGGAGCACAUUCUUUUCAUCCAGGGGAGAUAUGCAUCGUCUUGCGAUUUGCGUUAUCUGUGGUUUGAUGCAGGAAUGGGCAGGAAAUGGUAUCAUAUCUUACUAUCUUGCUCCGAUUCUCGCCUCAGUCGGAAUCACCCGUGCAUCCAACCAGGGUGCUGUUAACGUGGGACUUCAAGUCUGGAAUCUCAUUCUAUCGGCGACAGGCGCCGUCGCAUCAGAGCGCUACGGUCGACGUAUUCUAUGGCUGCUAUCGACAGCAUUUAUGCUUCUCUUCCUAUCCAUUACUACGAUCGCAGCCGGCCUCUUUCAAGAGAAGCACGUCGCAGCUGCGGGCGUCGCUGUCGUGCCCAUGCUUUUCCUCUUCUUUGCAGGCUUCGAUCUUGCGUACUCGCCGCUCUUCAUCGCCUACCCGGCCGAGAUCCUGCCGUUCCAGCUUCGAGCCAAGGGUCUAGCCAUCACGCUCUCCACAGAUGCCGUCGCAUGCUUUUUCAACCAAUACGUCAACCCGGUAGCCUUCUCCUUUCUACAGUGGAAAUAUUAUUUUGUCUAUGUGGGUUGUCUAGUGAUGUUCUUUAUCCUGGCCUAUUUCCUUUUCCCGGAGACAAAGGGAAGAUCAUUGGAGGAGGUUUCGCGAAUUUUCGACCGCAAGCUUCAGAUGGAAGACGUGAAGGAGAAGGACGGGGAGAAGAAUUGA